GACAUGACGCGUACCCUGUCGCGAUCUCGAGUUGGUGACGUCAGCACCCCUUCGAGAUCAGCUCAUCUCGAUCUCGACAAAGACGUUGUCUUUGACUUUGAAGUAAGUAAUGUUGCUUUGCUCUCUUCUGUCCCUUCGGUUUCUUCUCUCUCUCCUUCUCCUCCUGCUUGGUUUGCUGCUUUUCAGGCCAAGUUUGAGCGCCAUGAGGAGCGCUUGGCCCAACUGGAGUCCCUGGUCGCCGAGAACUCUGCUCUCAAGAAGGAGCUGGCUGCCGCCCGUUCCAGAAUCUUGGAGCUUGAGUCCCAAGCAGGCUCAUCUGCUGCCUCUCCUUUGGAUGUAUCCAUGGAGGAUGAUCUGGUUGCUGCUCCCUCUUCUUCUGUCUCGCCUUCUGCUGCUGGCUCCAAGUGGGCUCAAGUUGCCAAGAAGAACCCUACGCCUGCGGAGGCCUUUGGUAGGUCCAAAAAGUCCGGUUCUCCCUCAGUCGCAAAGGCCAAACCUAAGGCCAAAAUCACGCCUAAGCAACGCAAGGCCGCUGCCCGUAUCUUUUUGGUUUCUUCUUCUGUCGCUGGUACCGGAGCAGAUGGUCCUCGCUUCGAGUACGUCUACUUGCCCAACAAGUACCGUGACCGUCUCUCUGCCUUCCGCCGCAAGCUGCGACUGAUCGGGUUGGAUAACAGCCGUGUACUUGAUGUGCACUAUCCGGCUCGUAACGUCGUAGCCUUGCUGAUCCAUUCGGCCUACAAGGAGGAUCUUCUUAAGGUCAUGGCCAAGUACUCGCUUCCGGCUCGUGAGCUCCAGGCGGCUCGUCUUGUCCGUGCUAUGGGAUACAUCCGUGAACAAGUACGUAGACAGGUGGCCUACGACUUUGUUCGCCAAGGAUGGUUGACCAAGGAGCAAGCUGGCUCCGUGGUUGGUUCUCUCUCCGCUGUGGCUGGUGCUGGUGCUGGUGCUAACGCUCCCUCUGUCUCUGCUUCCAGUAUGGACUUUACCUUGGCCGGUGAUGGUGAACCGGUCUCCUCCUCUUAAUGAGCGAGGUACCUAUGCAACUCUCUUCUGCCUCUAUGCCCCUUCCUCUCCUUCCAACUAUGACUUCACCAUGACUAUAUGGAAUGCUAAUGGUAUUGCUCGUCAAGCCAUUAGCACUGUUACCGAUUACCUCUAUGACUCCUCACUUAUCUUUAUAACCGAAACCUGGCUUCUUCCUCCUCUCCGCUUCCCUACCUCUUGGCAACAGUAUCACACCUAUGGGCAACCUGUUGCUGACUCUUUCCGU